GUAUGAAGCUCCCACUAUUGUUUGUUUAAGGACUACACAAAGAGUAUUUCCACUUUCCAGCAUCAUGUUCUGGGCUUCAUACAAGCAGCACCUCUGUCAGCAGGGCAGGUGAUUUGCGCGUUCACACUUCCAGCGUUUUCAUGGCUUGUUCUGCGCUUCUGUGGCGGGUUUGUCAGCCGUGAUCAUGGUUUAUUGUGGAGCGUUCAGGAAUAUAACGCGUGGACUUUGUUGUUGAUCGACAAGCGUAGGAGAGUAGUAUCUGUGUUGUCUAACUUCUCACAGUGGAAGUUGGAAAGCCGAAGUGACUUUGCGUACUUGGCUCAUCCAAAGCCACCGAUCGGAUUACUUGGGAGCUGUGUGAUUACUGCGCGGUGGUAUGGCAGAGGAAAUCCUCAACGAUUCCUUCCCAGAUCUGAAAGAACUGGAAAAUAAGGUUGGCAGGAAAACUCCGGAAAGUCUUCUGAUUUGGAUGAGGGAUGCUGCAGACUGUGAAGAUGGUUGGAGGUCUGAUGCGGUCGACAGGGGAGACCGCGGCUCUGCCUCCAGCGAAAGCUUUUCUGACAAAAUUAGCAACUUAAAACAAGAGAUGAAGUGGCUGCGUUCUGCAGAUGUGAGGAUUCUGCGACAGCUGGUGGCCGUGCACGAGGGUAUAGAGGCCAUGCGUUGGCUGAUGGAGGAGCAGGGUGCCUUAGCCAGCCGUGGCAGCAGCUUGACAGGCAGCCUGAGCAGCCUGGUGACUGUGGAGGAGCAUGGGCCCUCAAUGUCCCCCUGCAGAGGAAGCCUGAGUCCAACUCAGGAUUUGACUGAAACCACUAGUGAGGAUUCAGAAGAUCACCCACCACACACUCACCAUGGUGAGAUGCUGAGCCCCAGACCUUCUGAAGCAAGACCUCCUAACCCUUCCACCUCCAAGUUUGAGGUUGGUUGUUCCACACAUGGCAGUCAUGGUCAGGCAUCAUCUAGUCCUGCCAACGGUUUGGAAAGUACCAAAACACCAAAGUUACAACCACAAAAAAUGAAUGCAGCUCCAUUACAAGACAUCAAAGCUGGUGCUGCCACCAUCAGAAGAGCUCUGCUCAGAUCAACAGAACAAGAAGAGAAGUGGAUACUGGUAGUUUUCCCCUCAAUAAACAGUCAGGGGAGAUAG